UAAGAAGGAACGUUGAUAGAACGUCAAUUAUUAUGGAGUUUUUGCAGUUUUCGGGGCAAAUGAGUGAGCGAAAUAUCAACGGAUAUGUACAGGGGGGUAAACAUAGGAGAUCUUAUAAUUUCGACGGAGAUUUCGUUGUGCCUGUUAGGCAAAGAAGUCAGGCUAAUGCAAGAGAAAGGGACAGAACUCAAAGUGUGAAUGUGGCAUUUUCUACACUGAGAACCCUCAUACCAACAGAACCAAAAGAUAGAAAAUUGAGUAAAAUCGAGACUUUGAGAUUAGCAUCUAGUUAUAUAUCACAUUUAGGUACACAGUUAAUCGCUGGACCGAUAGAACAGCCUUGUUUAAGACUUCUGAAAGAGGAACAAAAUAGUGUUUCAAAUAGACAUCAAGUGUGCACAUUUUGUAUAGCUCACAAAAAAACAAAUAGGACCAUUUUAACUGAAGAUUUCGAUUGCCCUAGUUUCGAAGGGCAAUUUUAUCUUACACCAAUUCCAUCUGAGACAAGUAGAACUCCACCAGUUAUUGAUUCUGAUGAAUUGAGGAAUGUUUUUUAUUCAUAAUAGAUUCUGUAUCAAACUUUUAUUGUUUUUAUUAAUAAAGUAAUAUUCGAUU